GCAAACUGCGGCCAGCUGACUGCAAACGUCGGGGAAAACGGGAAAAACGGGAAAUAGGAAACUGGCUGGGAUCGAGUUCAGUUCGUCUGGCGCACGGCGGACGAAAAACAAAUACUUAGCCAAAUGGCAGGCGUAAACUGAAACUCACACAGUGCAGUAUAAAACCGCAAUAAAAUAAAUUAAAACAUUUAAUUUCGCGAUAACAGCAUUACGAACUCAAACCGCGUGUCUUUUGUUUCGCUUCUCCCGCUCUUUCCGUUGCUCUCCUCCCACACUAUCCGCGAAUGCAGUAGUGCGUGCGUGUUCUCCGAUUCCAAUGCAUGCCGCAAGCAGUGCAAUUAAAGCGCAACUAAAACAAAAGUGAGGCCACCACGUGCGUCUUUAAGUUCAGUUGUUGUAGCCGCUUGCCUUCGUUUUGUUUUGCUGGCAUCUCGCUCUAACGGCACCUCCCCGAACUUGCCGUCGUUCCGCGAUCGAGGAACCGGCAAUUAAAUUAACGUUGGAUUAAGACUCAUUAUCGAAGGGUCACCCACUCAAGGACAUCAAAAUGGUGCAGGCACUGGACUACGACUGCGAGGUGCAGGGCCAGGACAUCCCACAGGCUAUUCAGCUGCUUGGGGAGAUGAACAGCAACGUGAAGCAGGUGACAGACUUGGUAGAGGGCAUGCUGCAGAGGGUUAAGCGGGGGGAGCUGACCACGGAGUACGGCCUGAGCUUCCUCGAGGUGAAGUACCACAUGCUGCUCGACUAUUUGAUCAAUCUGACCUACGUGGUGCUGCGCAAGUGCUCCGGCGAGACCAUCGAGGGAGAUCCCUCGAUCGAACGCCUGAUCGAGAUCCGCACUGUGCUGGAGAAGAUUCGGCCCAUAGAUCACAAGCUACGCUACCAGAUCGACAAGCUGGUGAAGACAGCCACCACUGGGGUCUCAAGCAGUACAGAUCCCAUACUCUACAAGCCCAACCCAGACGAUAUGAUGAGCAGUGCAGUCGGAGCAAGCCGAAACGAUGAGGAUGCGCCAGAUGACAGCGAUGAGGAGGAGGAUGACGAUGAGGAGGAGGACGAGGAUCAGGAUGGGGCCGGGGCAGCGAAAAUGCCCCGCAAGGCGGCCACAGCUGGAAAGUCCGGAGUGUAUGUGCCGCCGCGCAUCAAACCCGUUUACUACGACGGCGACGAACGCGAUGCCGACAAGGAGAAAAAGGCCAUGGACCGGGCCAAGAAGCGGGCCAUUACGUCUUCCAUGCUGCAGGACCUUAAAGAGGAGUACUUGGACGCCCCUACUGAGAUAUCGUCUGGCUCGCGGGCACAGCAGAUGCUGUCUCAGUCGCAGAAGGAGAAACAGGAGUACGAGGAGACCUAUUUGAUGCGACUGCCGGUGACCAAGGCGGAGAAGCAUCGCCAGCGCAAGCUGACCACAUUGGGCACACUUGGUGACGAGAUUCUUGGAGAGAUUAGCCGAGAAUCGGCCCUGCGCGGUGAUGGGAGCAAAAAGCGCAAACUGGCCAAAAAGGGCAAGGGAAAGAAACGCGGCGGUAAAAAGCGGAAGUUCCAUUAAUCGUGAGCACAUUUACUAUUAAGUGACACCUUUUAGGUUAUAGUUACAACAACAAAAUAUUUUCAAACUGUUUUCUUUAUAGUUUAAUUGAUUUGAUUUGAUAAGUUGAGUUUUGAAAUAUGUUUGUCUUAGUUGCAAAGGGUUUUUCAUACAUUUUUGAGUCCUAAACACUUAUAUUUUAUUGCAUAAUGUUAAGUUUUUCCAAUUUAUGUUUAACUGAAUUUCCAUUAAAUGUGUUUCUAUGAUUAAAAUUGCAA